AUGUCGAAAUAUGGUAUUCAAUUCAAUUCCGCAUCAAUCGAAAAAUCAGAUGCUGCUGUAUUACAAACAAUUUUAGCUCGUUUAAAUGAUCUUAAAAUGCAAGGAUACGAAGUUAUUGUUUAUAUUCUCAAUCAAGUUGAUGAUGACAUUUAUCAUACAAUUCAAUUUUUUGGAAAUGUUAAACUUGAUCAUAGUAUGACUCAUGCUGAGUCAAUUGGUGCAGCUCGUGAUCAAGUAAUUGGUGGAACUGAUGAUGAACCAGAAGCACGAGCUCGUCGUGAAUCACAAGAUAGUCAAUUAGUUGAUAGAACUCGUAGCAAAUCAACCGGUGGUAAGCCAAGUGCUACAGCUCAUGGUGAAUUUGUUAGUUGGACUGGUAGUAAAUUGGUUAGUAGUGCGCGUGGUGCAUUAGUUGGUGAAGGUGGUGGGGAAUCAAUUGACGUAGAUGGUAGUAAAUUACUUGGUGAUCUGGAUAAAGCCACACCUGAUGGUAAUAACACCUAUAUAUCUAUAUGGUGA